UACAGCAACUAAAAGUCAACCAUAAGAAAUUAUUUGAACGUUUUUUUUUUUGUAUGUUAGAGCUCGAAGGUAGUUAGGAGGUUUCUGGAGGCUGUCGUCCUUCUCCAGCGAGUUCCAGCUGAAGGUGGACCCUGUCUAUAGCAGGGAGAAGGGCCUGUGUCUGGCACAUCAAGGAGGCAGAAGAUGCCAUUAUUAUUGUGGCUAAUGUCAGACAACUGAAGAUGGUAGUCAAGGUUAAUGUAGGAAUGAACGCUCUCCUCAUCAUAUGCAGCAGUCUUUUUCUCACUUUACUUGAUGCCUCCGAAACAGAGCGAAAGCUCCACAAAAAGCUCUUUCAGGACUACAACAUGAAAGUCAGGCCAGCUCGAUACUGGGAGGAGAAGGUGAUGGUGCGUGUGGGGAUGACGCUCUCUCAGCUCGUCAGCUUGAAUGAGAAGAACGGCGAGAUGACAACCAACGUUUUCAUGAAUCUGGCCUGGAAAGACUACAGGUUGUCGUGGGACCCUAAAAAGUACGACAAUAUUGACGUUUUAAGGAUUCCUCCCAUUAAGGUGUGGCGUCCUGACAUCUACCUCAUCAACAACAAUGACGGUCAGUUUGACGUGGCAUUGUACGUCAACGUCUUGGUUUUCAGUGACGGGACGGUGAAUUGGCUUCCUCCAGCCAUCUACCGCAGCUCCUGUUCUAUAGAGGUUUCGUACUUCCCAUUUGACUGGCAGAACUGCAGCAUGGUUUUCCGCUCUUACACCUACGACGCCUCUGAGGUGGAUCUGCAGUACUUCUUGGAUGAUGACGGCAAUGAGAUCCAAGAGAUUGUUAUUGAUGAGAACGCUUUCACUGAGAAUGGAGAAUGGGCCAUCUGUCAUAAACCCUCGAGAAAGAACAUUAAGGAGGAUCUGUAUGAAGACAUCACUUUCUAUCUCAUCAUAGAGAGGAAGCCUCUUUUUUACAUCAUCAACAUCAUCCUGCCCUGCAUCCUCACCAGCGUGUUGGCUAUAUUUGUCUUCUACCUGCCCCCCGGAGCAGGAGAGAAGAUGACUCUCUCAAUUUCUGUCCUCAUCGCUCAGACUGUGUUCAUGCUGCUGCUGGCUGACAAAGUCCCUGAGACUUCCCUGGGCAUCCCAAUUAUUGUCAACUAUGUCAUGUUCACCAUGAUCCUGAUCACCUUCUCUGUCAUCCUGAGCGUGGUCGUCCUCAAUCUGCACCACCGUACGCCCAGCACACACAUCAUGCCCAACUGGGUCCGAACGGCUUUCAUCCAUAUCCUGCCUAAGUACAUUGGCAUGAUGAGGCCGAAGCCCGAGGAGGAGGUGGAGAGGAAAGAAUCCGAUGAGGACACGCCUAUACAUAGCUUUAAUGGAAGGCAACCUGGAGGAGAGUAUUUCAUCCGUAAAAUCAACCCAGAUCUGGUCACACCCUGGAGAGACAGAUGUGAAGGCACAGUACACCUCCAACGACUCUCUAACACGGACAGCUAUUGUCUGAUCCUCCCUCCUAACCUGAAGUCAGCCAUCGCUGCCGUGACAUACAUGGCCGAGCAGCUUAGGAAGCAAGACACAGACGACACGCUGACAGGAGAUUGGCAGUUCAUCGCUCUGGUGGUGGACCGCCUGUUUCUGUGGUUGUUUAUCAUCAUCACCACCCUGGGAACCCUGGCCAUGUUCUUGGACGCCAGCUUCAACUACACUCCAGAUAACCCCUUCCCCUAGUGCACAGCACAUGCCUGUCAACUCGCUGCAAGGUCCCUCAUUGAAAUGUCUCAUCUGGUCAUGCAUUUAUAUUUAAAACGAUGUAUGUGCAGAAAUGUGUCCAAAUUCCCCUGUCAAAUUCAUCUAUCAAAUCUGAGAUUCUUGAAAUACAUGUUUAAAUAAAGUAUUUAUGUUAAAGUC